AGUGCGGAUGUGAGUUGCAUAUUGAUACGGAACAGGCCGCCAGUUUUGUUUUUUUGUGUUAGUUUUUUUUAAAGCAAUGCGUGCUUAGGCAAUGCUCGUUGUGUGGAGCUAUGAAUCCAGAGGAGCAGACGGUAACGUGGCUGAUCUCACUGGGAGUGCUCAGCUCGCCCAAAAAGAACAUAGCGGACCCGGAGGAGUUUCUGAAAACCUCGCUGAAGGAUGGGGUCGUCCUGUGCAAGCUCACGGAGCGGCUCAUACCUGGCUUCACUCCCAAGUAUUGCCAGGAUCCGAGAACUGAAACCGACUGCAUUACCAAUAUCAAGGAGUUUUUAAGAGGAUGCUCGUCCCUGAAAGUGGAGGGGUUUGAACCAGAGUGUCUAUACACUGGUGAGAAUUUUGGCAAGGUGCUGACCACUUUGCUGGCAGUCAACUUUGCCACACAAGACUGUGCUGCUGAGAGGUCAUGUUCGCAGUCCGGUGCUCACUCUCCUAACCAGUCGACGUCUUCACACACACUCUCCUCUGCCAAAUCCAAAGGCUCUCUGCGUAGACAAUCCAAAUCAGUGGAGAUGUCUGAGAACGGUGGAGGGGGGCAGCUGUUGGUGAAGGCUCGCUUCAACUUCAAGCAGAACAAUGAGGAUGAGCUGUCAUUUAAUAAAGGGGACUUGAUCCAUGUGAUGCGGCAGGAGGACGGCGGAUGGUGGGAGGGCACACUCAACAGCAAGACAGGCUGGUUCCCCAGCAACUACGUCCGGGAGAUCAAACCCUGCGAGAAGCCUUUGUCUCCUAAAGGCACUCAGCUGACCAAGAACUACUACAGUGUGGUGGUACAGGACAUCUUGGAACAUGAGCGGGAGUUUGUCAAAGAAUUACAAACAGUGCUCAGCUGUUAUCUACGACCUCUAAAGGACAGCGACAAGCUGAGCAGUGCAGACAGCGCCACCCUCUGUGGAAACCUGGAGGAAAUACUCACCUUCCAGCAGGGACUGUGUGUGGCUUUGGAGGACUGUACCAAAGUCCCAGAGGGCCAGCAGCGAGUGGCCGGCUGCUAUUUAAACCUGAUGUGUCAGGUCAAGAAUCUGUACCUGGCUUACUGUUCCAGCCAUCCUUCAGCUGUUUGCAUCCUCACUGACCACAGUGAGGAACUAGACAAGUUCAUGGAGAGCCAAGGAGCCAGUUCCCCAGGGAUCCUGACCCUGACCACCAGUCUCAGUAAGCCCUUCAUGAGGCUCGACAAAUACCCCACGCUGCUGCAGGAGCUGGAGAGACAUGUGGAGGAAGCCCACCCGGACUAUGCUGACAUUUUGAAGGCAACAGCAGCAUUUAGGAACCUAGUGACGCAGUGUCAGGAGCUGCGGAAGCGCAAGAACCUGGAGCUGCAGAUCUUAUCAGAACCAGUGCGUGGCUGGGAGGGAGACAGCAUGAAGAGCCUGGGUCACGUGGCCUACAUGUCCCAGGUCCACGUAAAAAAUGGGUCCAGUGAGGAAAAAGAGGAGCGCUACUUGAUGCUUUUCCAUAAUGUGUUAGUCAUGCUCUCCGCCAGUCCCCGGAUGAGUGGCUUUAUUUAUCAGGCUAGACUGCCACUGACAGGCACCACAGUAACAAGACAUGCAGAGGAUGCGGACAAUGGCCACUACGCCUUGGACAUUACAGGAAGCAUGAUCGAUCGUGUUACAGUGUUCUGCAGCAGUGCCCAGGAGUUACAAGAAUGGCUAGAGCACCUUCAGCCCUUUACCAAAGGAGGAAGCCCUGCAGGAACCAUCACAAAGACUGUAGAAGGCAAACCACUGAGCAUGGUCGGCACUGCAACUCACACGUCCCACCCGAGCAGCCUCAGCACCGCCAGUCGCGGCCCCCUGGAACCGCCAAAGACGAGCAAGCCCUGGUCUCUGAGCUGUCUCCGCCCCGCGCCCCCUCUCAAACCCUCUGCUGCUCUGGGAUACAAAGAGAGGAUGUCUUAUAUCAUGAAGGACUCCAGCAAGAGCCCGCGGCCCAUGAAGAAGUUCCUGCCAGGCAAUAGGAAGAAAGAGCGGAAGCCCUCUGAUGACGAGGUUCAAACGAGGAAAAGCACGGUGGCGCUGGAGGAGGACGCUCAGAUACUGAGGGUGAUCGAGGCGUACUGCACAGGGGCCAGUCUGCAUCAGACCACCACAGGUGUGCGUUUAUCGGUGAGGAAAGAGUGCGUCCCUCAGGUGCUGCUGCCAGAGGAAGAGAAGAUCAUUGUGGAGGAGAUGAAGAGCAACGGGCAGACAGUUAUUGAGGAAAAGAGCCUGGUUGAUGCUGUGUAUGCUCUAAAGGAUGAGGUUCAUGAACUGAAAAAGGAGAAUAAGUGGAUGAAACAGUUCCUGGAGGAGGAGCAGAAAUCUCGCAAAGAGCUGGAGAGAGUUGUUCGAAAACUGGCCAAGCAGAAGAAUGAUUGUGCUUGGGAAGACUGCGGCCACUGAACACAUCCACACAAUCAUCCUCAUUCUAGUGUGGCUCUGUGUGUGUGAGUGUGUGUGUGUGUGUGUGUACAUUUAUGUAAGCGUGCUUGUGGAGGGUCAGGUGUGUGUGUGUUUGUGUGUCUGUCUAUGUAGCGUCUCCAUAUUUCAAUCACACACAGCAGAGUGGAACUCCCCUCGCUGGUUACAAUGCUCGGAGUUUCUACGUUUCAAGUGCUGGAGCUUGAUUUUGACAUUUUUGAUGAAAUCUGAUCUGUCUUCCUGAUCCAGCCUCACUAGAGGAGACCAGAAAUAUGCUUCUCCACAAAGCAGCAGCUCAGCUAAACAUAGACUGGUGAAGUGGGAUGUUUGGAACAUACUGCCUCUUGGCGACUGGCACUGUGAACACUCUACCAACCAAUGGGACAAUUUUGGACGAGGAAAAAACCCAAGAUCUUCAUUGCUUCUUUCGCUUCAGUUGGAAAUAGAAAAAAGGAGUACGAAGUCAUCAAGUCCAAUAGGUGUUCUUUUGCAUGCACUUCCGUAACCAAUGGGACUGAUUUUCUUUUCUUUACAUCAUGACUUUUUUUUGUCAUUGUCAUGUUAUAUUUGUCAUAAGGACACCCAGCGGGGAGAUGGAUUCAUUGAUUGAUUUUUGUACCAUUCUAGACAUUCACAUCACUAGUUUCCACUGGGUUUUGUUGGCGUUUAAGCAAUUCAAACAGGUUAGCUCAUCAUGCUACAUUUAGUUGUUUCCAAAAGCAGCCCUUGUCUGUUUAUUAAAAACCUGCAUGAAUGUA